ACCAGUCAAUGGAGUGCUCUAGCACCUCACCACGCCCUCAGGGAACAGUGGCUACACAGAGCUGUACUGAGGGGUUCGGACUGUCUGGUGGGAUAGAGAGAAUGUAUCAAUUUGACAGAACGUGGAGUGGAGUGAUCAUCACCUGCCAACAAUGUAAGUUGGUAUGCUAGUCAUUCCACCAUCAGCUCCUGUAUACGUCUCCAUCCUUUUACUACAUUAUGCUGUGUUUCAAUGACUGAAGUCAUCACAGUCAUCACUACCUCUCCUCCCACUGCAACCUCUACUGAUGAGAGCUGUCUCUGUCAGUGUCCCCAGAGUGACAGCACUGGUGCUGUGGUGGGAGGAGUGGUAGCCCUGGUAGCAGUGAGUGCAGUGACUGUAGUGAUGGUGACCUACCUAGUGCUCCGGUACAAGAGAGGAGGGAAAAUGAGUGUUCCUCAUGUUCCUCGAGAUAUUCCCCUUACUGACCAGGGUCAAAGUGCAGCCGCUACCUACGAGACCGUCCCUGUCACUUAUGAGGAGAUCCCAGCCUCCAGAGAGGUCAAAGGUGACUACAGCUACACACAGAACAAUGCCUACUCGACUGUGAGUGGGCGUGAGGUCCCUGCUGCUGGAGGAAUAUAUGAUAACUGAACUAUCACAUGACUCAAAGUAUAAUUGUAUUGCAUGUAG